GCCCAUCUUUCUCAACACCUCACCCUCUCAAUCAAGAUGCUCUUCUCAAACUUUAGGUUUGUCGGCUUUGCCAUUGUCGCUGUUGCGCUCGCGUUUGCCGCAACGGAUGCCAAAAGUACAAGUAUGAAAGAUGGUAUCGAAUUGGUACAAAAUUGGAAACCAGCACAAACAGAUGGAAGUGAAAAAGUUCAUAUGAUCACGUUUGUUGGAGAUGGUAAAAAAUAUCAAAUCAAAGGUGAAAAAUAUGCAAACGGCAAAACGAGCAAUGCACAUUGUGAUGCCACAAGCGUAAAACGAAGAUUGGUUUUAAAGAACUCAUGUUCAGUUUCGUCAAAAGAACACGAUCAAAUCUUCACCGUCUCUUGUACUUCAAAUAAGAAAAAGAAUUUCGCAAGAGUCUUGUUCAAAUCUACAGGAGAAAUCGAAGUCAAUACUCAUGGUAAAAUUUGGGCUGGUUUCACAUCUGAUGAAGAAGGUCAAAAACUUCGAUCUACUGAAUUGUCAAUGCAAGCACUCAUAGCAAAAGGUGAUGAUGUUGGCGUUAUUUUCAGUUGCAUUAGCAAUAAGAGAGGCAAAUGAUCAAUUCCCCCCCCCUUUUUUCCCAAUUUCUAUGCCGAAUCAUUGUUUCCUAUGUUCAUCCCCAAUAUUUUUAAUUAAAUAUUCAUUCGUUUCCUAUUUCUUCCGAGAGGCUUUUUAGUGAGUGGCUUCACUAUAAUCUUAUCGCGGCAAUACCGUAAUUGGAGAGUGGCUUGACGUUAAUGAAAUUCGGAAGAACCUUUAGU